AUGGCCCGUCUAGGCCGAGAUCAAUCACUCACGGGGACGAUUGAGGUUUUCCCCCUUGUUAUCUGCUCACAAUUUUUGUGUAUCGCCUACAGAAGUGGUCUUCACUCUCGAGAAGCUCGGAACAAAAGUCAAAUGGCCACCAAAGAUGAGGUUGGACCGAACACAGGAAAAUAUAACGCUCUCUGCGAGUUCCACCAAGAACGUGGACACAAAAUAGAAGAUUGCAUCGCUCUGAUACUAGAGGUGGCAAACUUGCUGCAACAAGGGCACCUCAAAGAACUACUCAGCGACAAAGAUAGAAACACCUUAGCAAGGUGUCGAGAACAUCCAGGCCCACCAAAGCCCUCUUCGCUAACUUGUACUAUCAAUAUGAUUAUUAGUGGCAGCGACGACGCCUCUAUCAAUGGCAUCAAAUUUACUGCCACCCACAAGCUCAAAAGAUCGAUCACCCAUGAACGAUAUGACGGACUCGAAGAAAGUAUCAUACUCGAUGAGUCAGAUGCCGAGAGUUUGAAUUUCCCUUAUAAUGAUCCACUUGUCAUUCCUUUACGAGUUUUAGAUACUGUUGCUAAGAGAUUUAUGGUCGAUGAGGGAAGUGGAGAUGGAACCAUCCAUCUCUGA